AAGUUUCUAUUCCUGUCAGAUCUAAAGGAGACUAAACCCCAGCCUCUCCCAGACUGGUUAAACUGGUGUGUUUCCUUCUGUUGAACCUCAUUCCACCAAUCUCUCUGACUUCCUGCAGCUACAUCCAAACAUAUAUAAGUGUCUCUGAGCUCAGGUGGAGAACUUUCCAGGAGCACCUCUCACCGAGACGUUGGAGAAGCUUCAAAAUCCACAAACCUUCAAAGGGAUUCACACAGAAAACAGCUGAAACAUGAGUUCUACCGAGACUCUGGAGUCCAAACUGAAAGCCCUGCAGAGCCACUUCGCUUGGGAUCUGGAAGCUAGUCGGCAAAACUUGAUUUAUCUUAGGAACAUCCUGCAGGUCAUCGGCACUGAAGAGAGAAACUUCUGGCUGGGUCAUAUUUACAACCUGCAGGGGUUCAUCCAGUACAAGCUGGGCUCCACUGAAGAGGCCCUGAAGUUCUUCAACAAGGCCACUGAGACCUUCAAGCAGAUGAAAAAUACUGAUGAAGGUCCCUGGUUGAUGGUGAACUUUGGGAAUCUGGCCUGGAUGCACCAUCUUAUAGAUGAAGAUGAGAAGAGUCAAGAUUACCUCUCAAAGGUUGAUGCUCUGAUGAGGAAAUACCCAGCUCCACCUGAGGAAGAGCUCCACCCAGAGGUAUGUGCUGAGAAGGCCUGGACCCUGAUGAAGUUUGACAAAGAGAAGAAGCUGCAGGCUGCAGAGCUCUUCAAGAAAGCCAUCCAGAAGCAGCCGGACACCCUGGAGUGGCAGAGCAGCUCUGCAAUAUUAUCAGCACAAAAUCUAGAAGAAAACAUAAAGAAACUGUAUGCUGAGAGGUUGGAGGAACUUAGAUCUGCCAAAGAACGAGAUCCAGAUAACUUAUGUGUUGCUGCUCUUUAUCUAGAGGCACAAGCUGCUUCAAUUAAGCAUGAAGCGAGAGAAUUAGCUGAAAGGAUUCUAGAAAGGCCCAUGAAUAACUACUGUGGAAUCGUCCCACUACUAGAUCUUUACACUAAGCACAUUUCUGUAGAUGAAGCUGUUGAAAUAGCCAAGGAGGCCCUGAGGAGACAUCCUGAUUCACGUUAUACUAAAAGGUCUGCUGCAAAAUCUUACACAAGGAAGAUCUUUGCUCAGCGAAGCUAUCCUGAUCCCAGGAGGAUCGAUGAAGCAAUCCGUCUGUGGAAGGAAGUGAUUAAAGCUUAUCCUGAAUCGUCCCUAGAAGAAAAAAUGUGUCUAGCAGACUUAUAUGCAAAGGUUGACAUAGAAAAAGCUGAUCAGAUUUACAAAGAGCUGCUGGAACAAGAUGGUCUGGAUCCAGCAGGAAAACAGAUGCUUUACAACUGUUACGCAAGACAUUUAUUCUUCAUUAGAGACGAGAGUAAAAGUUCUGCUGAGUACCACAUGAAGGCAGCAGAGAUUAAGGAAGAAUCCAAGUACAGACAGAGCAGCAUCACAGAGCUGGAGAAGACUUCAGGAAGAAACGAAGACCCUGAAAUGUGCAGGGAAAUAAAGGAGUUUUUGACUAAACUGAAGGCUGAGCUAUCAGAACCAACACUGAAUCUGGAAUAAUUAUGUCUGUCUUUCACUGAACUAAGCUGCUUCACAUUAACAUAAAACAUAACUGGAAUAAAGUAAAUAUUAAAUGAAUUUGUUCAAGCAGCUCAGAGGUUUUGCUUCAUAUGCUGGAACGUUUUCUUGUCUGCUGUAAAAUUUUAAUUGUAACAGUAAUAAACACCUUUGGGUCUAACUGCCUUA